AUGAUGUUCAGCCGCCCAUAUUGUUCAGCCGCCCAUGUUGUUCAGCCGCCCAUAUUGUUCAGCCGCCCAUGUUGUUCAGCCGGCCAUAUCGUUGGCGCCCAUAUUGACAAUCAGGAAUACCUAGAGUGCGAGGCGGCAGUGAAGGCACAUCCGCCCUUCCAAGAGGCGAUGAGGCGACGAGGAGUGGAUGACAUGGACCAAGUCUUGGUUGACGUGUGUCUUCACUACCCAAUCUUCGCUCCUCUACCCGUCCCAGCCCCUGCUGCUGGUCAGAGCAUGGCAGUGAUCAAGUGCGACGACAGGGAGGUCAUCCCGCUGCCCCCACCUUUCCUCUUCUUAGCUUUCACUCCUUUCUCCUUACUCUUUACUCUCACCCCAUCCCAAACCCAUUCAGAUCAUGGCAGUGAUCAAGUGCGAGGUCAGGGAGGUCAUCCCGCUGCCCCCACCGGGCCCACUGCGCAUCUACACACCAGUGGAUGUCAGGAUGUAUGUUCUUCUCUCCCCCUCUCCCUGCUUCCUUUGCUGCCGUUACAGAGCAUGGCAGUGAUCAAGUGCGAGAGCAUGGCAGUGAUCAAGUGCGAGGUCAGGGAGGUCAUCCCGCUGCCCCCGCCCGACCCACUGCGCAUCUACACACCAGUGGAUGUCAGGAUUGAUCAAGUGCGAGGUCAGGGAGGUCAUCCCGCUGCCCCCACCGGGCCCACUGCGCAUCUACACACCAGUGGAUGUCAGGAUGUAUGUUCUUCUCUCCCCCUCUCCCUGCUUCCUUUGCUGCCGUUACAGAGCAUGGCAGUGAUCAAGUGCGAGGACAGGGAGGUCAUCCCCCUGCCCCCACCAGUCCUUUUCCUAGCCCUCACUCCUUUCCCCUUCCCUCCCUUCCUUACCCUUUCAUCAGAGCAUGGAAGUGAUCAAGUGCGAGGACAGGGAGGUCAUCCCGCUGCCCCCGCCCGACCCACUGCGCAUCUACACACCAGUGGAUGUCAGGUUGUAUGUUCUUCUCUCCCCCUCUACCUGCUUCCUUUGCUGCCGUUACAGAGCAUGGCAGUGAUCAAGUGCGAGGUCAGGGAGGUCAUCCCCCUGCCCCCACCAGUCCUUUUCCUAGCCCUCACUCCUUUCCCCUUCCCUCCCUUCCUUACCCUUUCAUCAGAGCAUGGAAGUGAUCAAGUGCGAGUGAUCAAGUGCGAGGACAGGGAGGUCAUCCCGCUCCCCCCGCCCGACCCGCUGCGCAACUACACGCCCGGGGCGGACAGGGGGGGCGUGGACCGCUCUGACUUGAAGCCCAUAAAAAUCGAGCAGCCCGAGGGGCCGAGCUUCCGAGUGAAUGGCUACGCUGUGGAGUGGCAGAAGGUGCGUGGAAACGGGGGAAUGCGAGUGGGUGGAGACACGGGGAGUGUUGCUGGCGUGGACCGCUGUGACUUGAAGCCCAUCCGCAUCGAGCAGCUGGAGGGGCCGAGCUCACGAGUGAUUGGAUACGCCGUGGAGUGGCAGAAGGUGAGUGGGCAAGCCUCGACCCCACCCAUUCAAUCUCCAUGGAGUUUCCGAGUAGGGUUCACGCCUAAAGAAGGCCUGGUGCUGCACUCACUCUCAUACGACGACGGCAGCAGCGGCAGGAGGGGCAUUGCACACCGGCUGAGCUUCUGUGAGAUGGUGGUGCCGUAUGGCGACCCCCACGAGCCCCACUACCGCAAAAACGCCUUCGACGCCAGCGAGGACGGGCUGGGCAGGAACGCGCACUCGCUCAAGAAGGGCUGUGACUGUCUGGGCUUCAUCCGCUACUUUGACGCGCACAUGAGCAACUUCAUCGGUGGCGUGGAGACGAUAGAGAACGCCGUGUGCAUGCAUGAGGAGGACCAUGGCAUGCUCUGGAAGCACGUGGACUGGCGCUCGGGGCACGCUGAAGUGAGGCGGUCGAGACGCCUGGUGCUCUCAUUAUUGUGCACCAUAGGGAACUACGAUUAUGGCUUCUUCUGGUACCUCUACCAGGUAAGGGUGCUUCCUACUGGGCUUCUUUGUAAGGUAAGGGUGUGUCUACCACGGGAGCUGUGUGCCGGGCUGGCCCUUUCUGUUCUCACUCAAUCACACUCACUCACCGGUGGUGGUGGGUUCGUGGGAAGACUGGACGGGAAGAUCGAGGCUCAAAUCAAGCUGACAGGGAUCUUAUCAGUGGGCGCGUUGAGGGAGGGCGAGGAGCGGAGGUACGGCACGCUGCUGGUGUCGAGGCUGUACGCUCCCAUCCACCAGCACUUCUUCGUGGCUCGCAUGGACAUGGCUGUUGACUGCCGCCCGGGGGAGGCUGCUAACCAGGUGAGUGGGGAAAUGGGAUACACAGUAAGGGGUGCUGUGCUCAACGCACCUGGGCUCAUCUGUGUACGUCCAUCCAUCCACCAGCACUUCUUUGUGGCUCGCAUGGACAUGGCUGUGGACUGCCGCCCGGGGGAGGCUGCUAACCAGGUGAGUGGGGAAAUGGGAUACACAGUAAGGGGUGCUGUGCUCAACGCACCUGGGCUCAUCUGUGUACGUCCAUCCAUCCACCAGCACUUCUUUGUGGCUCGCAUGGACAUGGCUGUGGACUGCCGCCCGGGGGAGGCUGCUAACCAGGUGAGUGGGGAAAUGGGAUACACAGUAAGGGGUGCUGUGCUCAACGCACCUGGGCUCAUCUGUGUACGUCCAUCCAUCCACCAGCACUUCUUCGUGGCUCGCAUGGACAUGGCUGUGGACUGCCGCCCGGGCGAGCAGGCUAAUCAGGUGAGGGCGUUAGGAGGAUACAUGGCGAGGCAAGGCGUUUGGUUGCUGCACGAGAUGCCGCUAGUGCUCGCCCUCUCUGCCGCCAUCCAUCCAUCCACCAGCACUUCUUCGUGGCUCGCAUGGACAUGGCUGUGGACUGCCGCCCAGGGGAGCAGGCCAAUCAGGGGGGCUGGUAAGGUCAACCAGAUGGUGCAGGUGCAUGUGAGGAUGGAAGGUGAGGGUCUGCACAACCCACGUGCACAUGCGGCCAUGUGCCCUCAAUUCACGCUGCUUCCCUUCCCUCCUCUUCUCCCCACCCUUGUCAGUAACGGACAGAACCGUGUUGAUAGAAUAACGGACAGAACCGUGUUGAUGGAAGUAAGGCCUCCGCAGCCCACCUGUCCGUUACUGACACAUGCGGCCAUGUGCCCUCUAUUCACGCUGCUUCCCUUCCCUCCUCUUCUCCCCACCCUUGUCAGUAACGGACAGAACCGUGUUGAUGGAAUAACGGACAGAACCGUGUUGAUGGAAGUAAGGCCUCCGCAGCCCACCUGUCCGUUACUGACACAUGCGGCCAUGUGCCCUCAAUUCACGCUGGUUCCCUUCCCUCCUCUUCUCCCCACCCUUGUCAGUAACGGACAGAACCGUGUUGAUGGAAGUUCUGAGAGUUGA